CCUAAGCAUGAGAUUUUGGGGAUCGGGGUUUGUCCACUCGCCCAAGCCCCUCGCGUGAGAUUUUUCAGUUUCAGAUCACCACGCGGAGAAGGCCCUCCCUAUAAUCUUCUUGUUUUACGUUAAAAUCAAAGAGAUAUCCCUGAAGUUUCAACAAAAAAGCUCCCCAUCAACUUGGCUCGUUGAGUUACUCCUCUACAAGAAAAUGCUUGUACACUUGAAUAUAAUCAGGCAGCAAAUUGUUAUUCUGAUCAUGGAUAUAGAUCUUAGGUUACCUUCUGGUGAGCAUGAUAAAGAGGAUGAAGAGCCAAAUACGAUUGAUAACAUAUUGGAUGGUGACGAAAAAUUGCAUAAUGUAGACAUAGAAGGAAGAAAUAUAGUUGAAACUGGUGUACCUGCUCUAGAUGGCGGGGAUUUGAAUUCACCAACUUCGGAUAUGGCAAUAUUUAAGGAAGAUACAAAUCUUGAACCACUUUCUGGCAUGGAAUUUGAUUCUCAUGGGGAAGCUUAUUCUUUCUACCAAGAGUAUGCUCGGUCAAUGGGAUUCAACACUGCAAUUCAAAAUAGUCGCCGUUCAAAAACAUCUAGAGAAUUUAUCGAUGCAAAGUUUGCUUGUUCCAGAUAUGGAACUAAACGGGAGUAUGACAACAAAUCAUUCAAUCGACCACGAGCAAGACAGAAUAAGCAGGAGUCUGAAAAUUCAACUGCCAGGAGAUCUUGUUCAAAGACUGAUUGUAAGGCAAGCAUGCAUGUAAAAAGGAGGUCAGAUGGAAAAUGGGUUAUACAUAGUUUUGUGAAGGAGCAUAAUCAUGAGCUUUUACCAGCCCAAGCUGUCAGUGAGCAAGCAAGGAAAAUGUAUGCUGCUAUGGCUAGACAGUUUGCUGAAUACAAAACUGUAGUUGGUUUAAAGAAUGAGAAAAGCCCAUUCGAUAAAGGUCGGAAUUUAGGCCUGGAGACAGGGGACGUCAAACAUCUGCUUGAUUUUUUUAUACAGAUGCAAAACAUGAAUUCUAACUUCUUUUACGCUGUAGACCUUGGUGAGGAUCAACGGGUGAAAAGCCUAUUAUGGCUUGAUGCUAAAUGCAGGCAUGACUACAUAAACUUUUGUGAUGUAGUUUCUUUUGACACCACCUAUGUGAGAAACAAAUAUAAGAUGCCUCUUGCACUUUUUGUUGGAGUAAAUCAGCAUUAUCAAUUUAUGUUGCUUGGGUGUGCCUUGGUAUCAGAUGAAACUGCUGCAACUUAUUCUUGGCUGAUGCAGACGUGGCUGAAAGCAGUUGGAGGUCAAGUUCCAAAAGUGAUAAUUACUGACCAUGACACGAUACUCAAGUCAGUAAUUUCUGAUGUCUUGACCAGUGCCCAUCAUUGUAUGUGCCUUUGGCACAUAUUGGGGAAAGUAUCUGAAAAUUUGGGUCAUGUCAUUAAACGACAUGAGAAUUUUAUGGCAAAAUUUGAAAAAUGUAUCCAUAGAUCAUGGACGAGUGAUGAGUUUGAGAAGAGGUGGUGGAAAAUGGUAGAUAGGUUUGAGCUCCGAGAGGAUGAUUGCAUGCAGACAAUGUACGAAGAUUACAAGUUCUGGGUGCCAACAUUCAUGAAGGAUGUAUUUUUAGGUGGCAUGUCUACUGUCCAGCGAUCCGAAAGCAUAAAUUCCUUCUUUGAUAAAUAUGUUCAUAAGAAGACCUCUGUACAAGAUUUUGUCAGACAGUAUGAAUCGAUAUUGCAAGACAGGUAUGAAGAGGAAGCAAAAGCAGAUUCUGAUACUUGGAAUAAAGUGGCAACAUUAAAAACUCCUUCACCUUUAGAGAAGAGUGUUGCAGGAAUCUACACGCAUGCAGUAUUUAAGAAGAUUCAGGUUGAGGUUAUUGGUGCAGUUGCUUGUCAUCCUAAAGCUGAAAGACGAGAUGAGGCAAGCAUUACUUACAAGGUUCAUGAUAUGGAAAGGAACCAAGAAUUCACAGUUGCGUUGAAUGAAUUAAAAUCAGAGGUGUCUUGUAUAUGUCGGUUAUUUGAAUAUAAAGGUUAUCUUUGUCGACAUGCAUUGAUUGUUCUACAAUAUUCUCGCCUUUCAGCAAUCCCUUCUCAGUAUAUUUUGAAAAGGUGGACAAGAGAUGCAAAGUCAAGGCAUUUACUUGGGGAGGAAUCUGAACAUAUGCUGGCUAGGGUGCAACGGUACAAUGAUUUGUGUCAGAGAGCACUUAAACUGAGUGAAGAGGGAUCGCUGUCUCAAGAAAGUUAUAGCAUGGCAUUCCAUGCGCUUCAUGAUGCAUAUGCAAAUUGUGUGAGUGUCAAUAAUUCCAGUAAAGAUCCUCCAGAAGCUGGCACAUCAGCUGGUCAUGGUCAGCUUUCAACUGAAGAAGAUGCCCAGAGUAAAAAUAUGGGCAAGACAAACAGAAAGAAGAAUCCAGCUAAAAAGAAAAAGAUGAACUCUGAUGCAGAAGUGAUGACUGUUGGGGCUCAAGACAACUUGCAACAAAUGGACAAGUUCAGCACGAGGGCUGUAACACUUGAUGGUUAUUAUGGUGCUCAACAGAGUGUGCAGGGAAUGUUAAACUUGAUGGGACCAACUCGUGAUAAUUACUAUGGAAAUCAACAGACUAUUCAGGGCCUGGGACAAUUAAGUUCCAUACCACCCAGCCACGAUGGUUAUUAUGGCGCUCACCAGAGCAUGCCUGGUCUGGCACAGCUAGAUUUUUUUCGAGCAUCAACAGGUUUUGCAUAUGGCAUUCGGGAUGAUCCCAAUGUAAGAUCAGCACAGUUGCACGAGGAUCCAUCAAGGCAUACAUGAACGGCACCAAACUUUGAACAAAAGCAAUGCAGAAAAGGAAUGAUGGAAGAGGAUCGAAGCUUUAACAAGGAAGAGGGGAUGAUUUGGGCCACUUGAAACAGGGGAGGAAAAGAAUCGUCUCACGACCCAAUUUCCAUCAGUAGUGUGGACAAAACUUCUGCAUCCACAGCGGCUAGGGCGAGGAUGCGACGGUGGAGAGAGGAGGAGGAAAGACAGAGAUUGAAAGACAAAGGGGGAGGAAGAGGAGGCAAAGCAUCCUGAAGCUUCUACCAAGCAAAAUAAAAAGGGGAAAAAUGAAGAGAGGGAGUAAAAUAUCUAAUCUGAGCGUCAUUUCCUUCAAGGGCAUUUUAGUAAUUUUGUAAUCAUUUCCCUCGACAGAAUCGAACCUGUAACCUGAAAAAAAGCACCAGUAGAAGUUGCCACUGUGCUACCGGAUUAUCAUAGUAGUUCUGUCCAAAAUUAAUAGAAAUACACUUCAUCUAAUUAUAAAUGUUUUCACUCCUAAUCUAAGCAUUUCUUUUGAAAUCCUUGAAAUCCCAUUAGCCAAUUUUUAUUA